CAUAGUAAAUCCUGCUUCAUUAGCAAACACGUCGUCUUUUGUUCCUACUUUACUUCUAAUUAUAUAUUUUAACAAAUGUUGGAGUUAAUUGAGCGACACAAACCGUUUAUUACGAAACAAUAACCAAUUUUAACAAUCACAUACUUUUAUCUUCGUCGGCAAUAAUAUUUGUUACUUCAUUUCUAUGACACAUGGCGAGAUGCCCGAUGAAGAUGCUUUUUGCAGUACUCAGUUGUGCUGCGAGGAUGACAACUUUACUGUCGGGCGCGCGCCUAUCGACGUUGACGACGUUGACGACAUUACUCGGAGCCAGGCAUUGUCCUUGAUAUGGACCGCUUACGGCGUCGUAGUCCCGAUCAUAUUGGCCGUCGGCGUUUUCGGCAAUGCGGCGAUCCUUGUCGUGCUGUCCGGCCCAAUGUUUCGCGGUAUCGCGUACUUGUACCUCAACGGACUCGCGCUGGCGCACAUCGGCGUCAUCCUGUCUUGGAUAACAAUCACGCUGAGAUUGGGCUACGGCAUGAGCAACAAUUACCCAUCAGCUUUCUACCAUGCUCACGUUGAACUCGUUGUUCUGAACGCCUUCUCGGCCGCCAGUGUUUUCAUCAUGGUCUGCUUAAUUGUGGAUCGAUACAUUUUUGUAUUCUUCCCGUCGCGCAUUCGCACCGGAAACGUGCGCAAGAACGUCAAUUCCUUCGUACUGUCUUCUUUCAUUGCCGGUUUCAUGAUUAGUGGUCCGCUGUCGGUUAUGAGAAUCGUUUAUGCGGAGCAAGAUGGAUCCGGCGGUUCUUUUACAUUACGCGAAAACAUGUUCGUUACGCAAAGUACGAUGUGGAGAGCGUAUAUUUGGAUAAUGGAGAUCAUAGUGCGAAUUUGCCCGUCGAUCAUAUUUAUCGUACUGAAUAGUCUGGUCAUUAAGAGAUUUCUACAGCUGAAUGUGCAAAGCCGACAAUUCCACACCGUUACAGACAAAUUUCGGACCAACAACGCGCCCGAUACGUCGUUAUUGUCUCGCAAUCGAGGAUACAAAGAGGAGCAACACUUGGCGAUAUUGACGACAACGAUGAUUCUAUGCUUUUUCGUAACGGCAAUCCCGCCAAGUCUCACCCCGAUACUGUAUACCGAUCGUCGCCCGUUGGACCUCGAUUACCAAACGUUUCGAGUUUAUUCGGCGAUCGUCGAGCUCAGCAAUUAUGCCAUUUAUAUUCUUAUAUAUCUUGUCUGCAGUACGGAAUUUCGAAGGGAGUUGCUGCGAAUUCUACAAGGAAAAUGUAAUGAAAAUACGGGGCAGGACGUUGAUCAGCCGAUAGGCGAGAUCGAGGACUACAGCCGGCACGGCACUACUGUUCGACUCACACCGGAACAUACCAAAUUAAAUUCCCCCGAGUCGCCGACCAAAGAAACAAAAUUGGAGGAAGACGCGCAGCCGUCAGAGGCUACCUCUUUUAUGUUAGAACACCGUGUCGUCGCAUAAUUAUACGUUUGGCGCAUUAGGAUAAAAGGCAAUCGGUUUAUAUUUGUUCUAUAUAUGUAUCAUAUUGUAUUUGUAUUUGUUAUACCGUUGUAAAUUUCUGACGCGUCCGUAAUGGAACUCUAGCUGUGUACAAUUAUAAUGCAGGCUUUGAAUUAAUGUACAAAAUCGUUUAAUCGUUUCAAGUAUUAUAUAAUUCUGUAUUAUACCAAUAUGUGUAUAUCAAUUUCUGUAUUAUUAUAUAUAUAAUAUAUACCGCUAAUUUGGAUUAAUUA